AGCCGCUCGGGUCCGUUAUCAACGGUUAGAGGAAGUGAUUUGUGUUGCGUGCGACACCGCGCUUUGGUGAGCCACUCCCAAGUUCCCGUUCUCAAGUGAUGUUAGUUAAGUGGAAGUCCAUUGAGUUAACGACUAUAGCGCGGCACUUGUUUGAACGAGUUCUCUUCUGAAUGGAGGGUACACAGCAUUACAUCGCAUCGCUCGACAUUGGUACCACCACGAUCCGAUGUUUCAUCUAUGCCGCCAAACGGAACGGAACACCGACCACAGUGGGGACGGCCUAUGACCAUGUUGACUUGAUCUAUCCAUCGCCGGGAUGGGUCGAAAUAAAUCCAGACAAGCUGUGGGCCAGUGUCCUUAGAACGAUCGAACGAGCCACGGAAGACGCAAAAUUAACGAUCGGUCAGCUUACUUGCCUUGCCCUUUCGACACAACGAAACAGCUUCACUUGCUGGAACCGUGAAACGGGCCAAGUUUAUCACAACUUCAUCACCUGGAAGGACCUGCGUGCCGACGGACUCGUGAAGCAAUGGAACGACAGUCUGACGCUGCGGUUACUCAAAUUUGGUGCCAGCGUUCUGCAUUUCUUCACCCGCAGCAAGCGGUUUCUGGCCGGCAGUGUAAUUAAGAUGAUGAACGCACAAGUGACUUUACGAUUGUCCUGGGCGCUGCAGAACAGCCCUUCGCUGCAGGAGGACCUCAAAACCGGGAACAUUCUGUACGGCACGAUCGAUUCGUGGUUGCUGUAUCGCUUGCGGCAGGGCACCGAUCGUACCGCGGUUGUCGAGCACAUUAGCGACGUGACCAACUGCACGUCAACGGGUCUGUAUGACCCCUUCAGCCAGCAGUGGGCCGGAUGGGCUACUAAUUUGUUUUCAAUCAAGCAAGAAAUACUGCCAACGGUGGUCGACAAUUCGUACGAUUUUGGCCAUGUGCACGAGUCGCUGUUGGGGGCGAAAAUCAAAAUUGCGGCAUCGGUUUCCGAUCAGUCCGCCUCGCUGUGGGGAAACGCCUGCUUUCAGCGGGGCGACGUGAAGAUCACCAUGGGAACUGGCUCCUUUCUGAACGUUAACACUGGACCGAAGUGCCUCGCAUCGCUGCACGGCCUGUACCCGUUGAUCGGGUACAAGCUGAAGGAAGCAUCGGCUACGGAUAUCACCUACCUCAUGGAGGGUGCGUCCAAUGAUACUGGUUCCAUCAUCGAGUGGGCACGGAACGUCGGGCUAUUCGAAGAUCCGGCCGAAAGUGCGUCCAUGGCGCUAUCGGUGCCAAACUCCGAUGGCGUUCUGUUUGUGCCCGCCUUCAGCGGUCUUGGACCACCCAUUCACGAUGACAAUGCCGGCAGUGGCUUCAUCGGUAUCAAAGCCUCCACUCGUAAGGAGCACAUGGUCCGGGCUUUGCUCGAAAGUUUAGCCUUCCGUGUGGCGCUCCUGUACGACUGUGCACUAAAGGAAACGGGAUUCUCCUUCAUCAGCAUCAAAGUGGACGGUGGCGUAUCGAGAAAUGACUUUAUUUGUCAAACGUUGGCCGAUCUUACGGGCAUUCAGGUGGAACGCGGUGAAGAAACGGAUUCGUCGGCACUCGGGGCAAUGUUCAUGGCAGGAUUGAACUGUGGCGUAUGGAGCUCGAAACAGCAGCUCGUCGAGGUGAGGAAGGUCCAGAAGGUAUUCUAUCCGGACGAGAGUGGCAGGGACAAGCGCUUGAGACAAAUGCGCGCCUGGGAGAGGGCGGUUGAACGAUUCAAAAAGUGGUACAUGCUGGAGGAUAUUAAAAACCUAGACUGA